AUGGAUAACGACACAGCAGCCGUGACCCCGCCAAUUGUAACCGCAUCCCAAGAUACUCAAGAUGAUCUUGCGUAUCUUCUUGUCAUCGCUUCGUUUGAAGAGCACAUGACGAGUCCAGAGGCGACAAAUCUAAUCAAUAUACCAGGCCAACACAAGGAAGGCAGUAGUGGGUCAAGACACGAUAUAAAUUCUACAUUCAUGAAGAAGCCCCAUGCAUUUUCAGAGUGCAUUGUGUGUGGAAGUGACGAGGAUGAUGUGGCCAUCCCCAACGUGCCAGCAACAGGCGCCUGCGACCAUCCACCAGAGAUUUGUGUGGACUGUCUGAAACGAAUUAUUGAGACUUCAAUAUCGACAGGAGCAUUCAUUUCGGGGAUUCCAUGUCCGAGCAUUGGUUGUGGGCAGAUCAUGACCUACUUUGAUGUUCAAAAGUGGGCAGAAACGAAGGUCUUCCAGAGGUACGAUACCCUCCUCUUCCAGAAUUCUCUGCGGUCCGACUCGACUUGGGUUUGGUGUGUUUCUCCAAGUUGUGAAGCAGGUCAAGAACAUACGGGUGGUGAUGCCUCUAAUAUUGUCACCUGUCACGCCUGUGGCUCCAAGAUGUGCUUCCGUCAUCAAAGCGCAUGGCACGAAGGAAUGAGCUGUGCACAGUGGGAUGAACAGCUGUUAAUUGCAGAGCAUGGCGAACGCUGGACGGAUGAAUGGAUCCUCACCGAAACAAAAGGCUGCCCCAAAUGUAAAGCACGGAUCCUAAAGAAUGAAGGUUGUGAUCACAUGACAUGCAGAAGACCCGGAGGAUGCGGACAUGAAUUUUGCUGGGAGUGCCUCGCACCUUGGAGAGAAAUCUUCAAGGACACACCGGAGAAGCGUGAGAGUUCGUGUGCCGCGGGGCUCAGUGGAUACAACCCAUUCCACUGGUGUCUUGAGACAAACUUGCAUGAUGCCGAGAGACAGUGA